AAGCUCCGCAGCGGGACCCUACGUAUUCUCCCGAAGACAAACGGCGAUUUCGUUACUCGCAUUCAUCCGGCCGACAUGCCGGAUCAUUCGAAAUUCGCCAGCAAAAAUACCGCGAGCCCGGCGAGUACCGGUCCAGAGUGAGUGCCCGAGUAGUCUUCCAAUCUCGCGUCACGCGAUAUUGUGAAUGUACCCGCUUGUGAAGUCGCCCGAUCGUGAGAUUCGAGGUCAUCCUAAGACGAUGGCCCUCCGCGAGUACUGAUCCUCCUCCUCCGGAAGUUUGUUCGCGUUGUGGAUAUUCCCGGAUAUAAGGAUCAGCGAGUGCUCCGCCGUUAUCGCGAUAUAUUUCCGUCCAGCCCGACCCGCGCAGAAGUGGGCCGGUCAGCCCCGAGGCUGUAGGCCACCACGGUUCGUGUUUCGUACACGAAGAGAGACCGAGCGCAAGGAAAACUACGUGCUACGUACGGAGACGACGAGCGUGCGAGCGAGCGAGCGAGCGAGCGGAGAAGUCGAAUUUUGCUAGAGGGAAGAAAAGAAAGUCGCGAGAUCGUUAACCGGCCCCCCGGACACCCCACGGUCAAAAGGACGAGGAUCAAGGAAUCAUUAAAAAUAUAGAUCAGCGCGCGCUGAAACGCGCCGAGAUAAUUGCACGACGAUAAUGAGGCUGUCUUAGGUGGCGGAGUCGAUGCCGAGCGAAGCUAUCAACAAGUGUAAAAACGAGGCUGAGAGUACAAAAGCGCCCGCGAAUCAAGAAUGAAAUGCUGCUGCCGGCUGCUCCUGAGCGGGGAAUUGUGAAGAGCAGCCCCCGACGUGGGAGAGAAUAGCGGUUAGAAAAUUAGACGGCGCUCCGGCUGCCCCGAGGCGGCUUACGUUUCCCGAGCACCAGACGUGCGGAAAAUCACGAGGGAGAGGGAGAGAGAAAGUAAGGUAGGGUGUAACCUCGUCAAGGACAAAGCGAAGAAAAACGAAGGGUCGAGCGAAAGUAAUCAGCACGCGCCGCUCUAAUGGACGCGAUUAUAAAAGGAGUCGAUUUUUAAACGUUACUACUGUCGAGAGAGGGACUUUCAGCUAAUACAAAGCGCGUCCGUCACGACGCGCGCGAAACGGAAAAAGGUGGAAGAUUGUCUCCGUGUAAUUUAUAAUUUCAAAAGCACCUCCCACGUAACGGAUGGACGGAAAAUUCGCUACCGGCCUUAAAGAUCGCGCACUUUGGAAGCACGAGAAAGCAGCGAGCUAACGAGUUCGCUCCGACGUACAGGAUGUACCAAGAAGAGGCAAAUAAUCGAGGAGAGUAAAUUGACGUAAGAAGAUACACACUGAUCCGAGCGAGAAGAUUAUUGCAAGAGGAAUAACCGACUGUUUGUACGAGAGAAAUCGGCAACGUACAAUCGAGGAGCCUGUCUUCGCGAGAAAGAAACAAAUAAUCACGGACGCUCUCAGCGGGAUGGGAUCUGAAGAACCAUCGUAAACGGACGCGAACACGUGUUUAGUACUUUCACCGAAAGCGUCGUGUCGAAUUAAUCGAGCCACGCGUGAUUGCGUAAAAUAGGUACUCGCGCAGACGGUAGACAAAGUGAGAUCGAUAGUGGGACAUUCGAAAUCGAUUCGGCUGAUAAAGAGGACCGGAUUGCCGAGGGAGAUAGCUGGCAAGGGGUCGACGUAUAUAGUUGAGUAGCACGUAAAUUGGCGAAAGCAGCGUAUACGGGGGAUCCAUUGCCGCGGCGCGGGUUCGCCCCCGCUCGAGUAUGCCGUAAAAAAAGUAUCAAUUUGCGAGAGAACACGAGAGGUGGCAGGGUUCGCGGAGGCGCGUGGCUGCAGGUCAAAGAUCGCAUCGAGGACAGAGAGAAAGGAUCGUGAAAGUCCCGAAGUGGAGGCGAAGAAAAGCCGGCCCGGCGGAUAGUGGGCGGCUCGGGCUAUGGCUCGUCUCGGGCUCGGGGGCUCGUAAAGGUGAUUCUCAAGCGGGUGUUUCUCACCACCUCGCGUCGAACCCACUCGAUCUCUCCGAAGAGGGGGAAUAAAUAUAUACGGACUCGGCUUGUGCGUCACGGCGGAAUAGACGUUAGUAAAAUAAGACGGCCAAGUGGACGAAGAUGAGCAGGCAGACCGUGCCACCCACCGCAGGCAUCAACUCCUGCGAGAGGAUCAGGCCGGAACGACCCAGAAAUCCGAUCCAAAGACUCGUAUGGGGUCCCGGCUCGCAGUUCCAGGUCGGCCAUAUCGGCAUGCUGGAGGAUGAGGGCUCGAAUCCGCGGAUGGCGUUGAGAAGAUUAUUAAGGUUGUACGAAGGCAGACAAUACAGGGAGGCGGCCGGCUUCCUGAUGAAGCUGCCGCACUACACCCUGAAAGCCGCCCUGCCGGAUAUCCCGGUAGACCUGUUGAUCGAGACGCUGCCGCACAGCCUCGCUCUGCUCGAGGCGCUCUACUCCCGGUUGAUCGAGCUCAACGUCAACGACACGAAGAUCCUGCGAGUCGAGCAGGUCCUCUGGAGGAUAGUACACCUGAUAUCCACCAGCCAGGACCAUUGUCGACUGCGCAUCUGGUGCAAGCUCCUCGUCUCGUUGGGCAGAUUAUCGCCCGGCACGAAGAACGCGCUGAUAUCGCGGAGGCGCGCCCUCGAGAGGGCCGUCGAAGGUCUCGGCAAGCACGGACUGGUGUCUUCCACCUUGACGAGCAGCUCCGAGAAUUCCGUCACGCCGAACCUGGUGCCGCUGCCGGUCGCGCUGAAGGAGGAGCUGGAGACGCGAACGGAGGCUUACAAGCUGGCGCUGCACAAGAUCGAGAACUUCGGCAAGCACGCCGGCACCCACAAAGCAGACCAAGGCGUGCAGGCGGCCUCCCAUCAGCGGCAGCUUUCCCUCAAGUACAGCGAGAUCCAGCAGCGGCUGAUCGAUAACCAGAGUCUGCUGAACACCCUGGAGAAAGCGGGCGGCCCGUGCACCUUGGAGAAUCUGCUGGCGGAGUUGAAGCGUCGGGUCGAGCAGGACAAGGAGGCACUUCGACAAUGGACGGCCUUGAGAAAAUCGACCUCCGGGGCGAACACGAAGAAUCCGGCCCUCGCCGCUCGGUUACUGCAGUUCUCACGAGGCUGCGCGCUCGCGCUGCAGUUCAUGAGCGAGGAUAACCCGCAGGUAUUUCAGCUGGACGAGAAUCUGGCGGACGAUUACGAGGAGGAAUCCAGCAGCGCCGGCUAUCACACGGACGAGAGCUGCAGCCCGACCCCGGAGCCGGUGGUGGUUACGAACUGCGAAGUGCUCAGCGUGGAGGAGAGUUGCUCGGACCUAACCGCGCCGGACAUAACGGUGGAGCGACUCGCCGAGAGGUACAGCGCUCUUUACGCCCAGGCUAACCUGCACACCCUGGAUGCCCUGGACGCUCUGGAGUCGCUCAAGGACGCGCCCGACUUGAAAGCGAAGAUCCUCUACUCGGUAGUAGUGCUUUCGUGGCGUUUGGCCGGCAUGGUGCAGACGUCGAGGCGCCUGGAGGCCUUGAAGAUCUUGAACGGUGCCGCCGGUGCAGCGGCAAGCAGCGUGCAGACCGCGACGGCGGAGGUCGCGCCGGAGCUCGAAGAAUGCAUAAAACGGCAACUGGCUACUUCCGGCGGCCAGACCGGUUCCCGAGAGGUCGCCGAGCAGGUGGUCAGCCAGUUGGAGAGGACACUGUACGACUUUCCGUGUCUGCGUGGCUGCGCCGAGGUCAAAAGUUACGCCAGCGCGUGUUCCAGUUUAGCCUGGGCGUGUCUGGCGCGUUCUACACCGCUGGUGCUCGACGUCGCGCAGGGUCUCGAGUUUCGAAGAGACGUCCACGUGAGGCAUCACGCCUCCCCGAACCCGCACGGGACCAGGAUCAGGUCGGUCUUAUGGCCGGGGCUUCGGGAGGGCUGCCAAGGUCCUUGCCUUCACAGAGCCGUCGUAUUGACCUGCUAAAGCACGCGUGCAGCCCUCUGCAAAAGUUCAAGGAAGUUGAUUGAGAAAUUGUUUGUUUGUUAUGUUUCUUAUACGGGAUUAUAUUUUUAUAAGGCUGCUCGAAAGAGAGGGGAAAAAAAUAGCUGACGUAAAAUACUGGACGAUUCGAUUUCUCAGUCGAAUUCGAUUCGAAUUGGAUUUAAAGGUAAUUGCGUUCGAUGCGUUCAGUGGCGACGAAUUAUGCGUUAAGCUCUGGGAAAUCGCCUCGUAAGUCGCGUUCAUAAUCCUUCGCCAAUAUUCUGACGGCAUUUGUUGUAGAAGAUGGUCGGAAAAUCGAACCGAACUUUUUGACGGACCCGAUAUAAAGUCUAGCGUUGGAUCGAUCAAAACUGACGGCCGAGUAAGGCAACUCAAUGAUUUCCUAACGAUUGAAUAAUCAAGUCGUUAUAAAAUGAGCAAAGAAUGAUAGGAAAGCAGGAAAACACCAUCUUCGUCUCUAAGCUCUGUAAUUUAUUUCGCUCCGUGGAUAUCCGAAGCAUAAAUCUGACACAACGCAGAUCUGUGAAAUCAUGAUUUAUCUAUAUCCGAGGUUUACAUGUGAGGCUAACACGCGUGGAGUCUGUGCAAAAGCAAUGUAAUCUCGCGACAAAGUGAGGAAGAAACGAUGUGCAAGGUAAAAUUUGCAAGUUGAGCGUACAU